GCUCUCAUCAGCGAAGAAGCAAUCGAAGCUCAUCCCAAGCCGCCAAGUCGAAAAAAUCAAGCACCAUGAAGGUCGUCGCAUUUCUCGCUUUCUUCGUUGUCGUCGCUUACGCUUCGGCUGACGUUCUUCCUCAAGUCGUUUACGACGGACAGAUGGAGGAGAAGGAUGGAAGGAUGACCAAUCUCGAAGACGUUGACACCGACGCCGGAUUGCCCGAAAGCUCCGAUCUUACGCCAAUCAGACACCGCCGAGUCACUUGCGAUCUCUUGUCCUUCACAACCCCGUGGGGUGGCGUCAAUCACGCUGCAUGUGCUGCCAGGUGUUUGGCCCAGAGACACAAGGGUGGAGCAUGCCAAAACGGAGUCUGCGUUUGCCGUGACUGAGGAUUCGGAAUUUGAUAUCAGCCUCUUUAUUCAAGAGGAUUGUACACUUCGUUAUUGAAUAUUUCUUAUUUUUAAACCACUUCAAGUAUU